CAACUGCAGCCCAGAGAUCUUUGUGGUUCUCAUUUCAUCCAGUACUCAUCAGAGUAAGCACUGAGACAGAAACAGUUGCUACCAUACACGUGGAUAUUGAGGACUCCCUAAGGGAUGGGGAAAUUGUAUGGAAUCAUCACAUUUAGUUAUCCAAAUGGAGUGCAACGAGUCAUCUCAAGAGUUACAAUGAGGCAAUGCUCCAUGGGGAUUCCAGUAGGAACUCAUUACAUUAUAACCAGCCAGUCCAGGGCCUGGGAGUUGGAGAGCUUCCUGCACCGAGGAUUGAAGUUAGUCCUAAGAUUCUGCCAGGAUUUAGACAGUCUCAGAUCUGGUGUCACAUGGCCCAAGGAAGCUGCGGAUGUCAAUCAUGGGAAAGAGCUGACAGCAGCGACAGGGAGAAUUUUCCUGCAUCUGCUUGACAUGGACCAGAGAAAACUGAGUUUUGUUAUCCUGAGCAAUGCCAUCUCCUUGUUGGAAUAUCAACAGUUGGAAGGAAUUAUUGCUGCUCUUUUAAGCAAGCCCACGCUAUUUGUCAGUUUCUCUUUCGAGAUGCCCAGGGGCAAGCCAGACCAGGUUGCAAGAAAGAAAAUGUCUUUUCAGCUCGAGGAGAAAAACAAUUGGACUCUUCAGGGACCUGCUCAGCUACAUUAUGCUGAAGGACUCAUUUUGGCUAAAUCUGUGGAUCAACCACUAAGAAAAAUCCCAAGUGCUUAUCUGCCUGAACCCAGUUCUCAAACCAAGAAGCAAAGGAUAUUCCGAAAGUCUCUCUUUUCCAAGAUAUCAUGGAAGCUCAGGCUCCGUAACCGGGAGCCCCUGAAGAAUGUGUUUUACCUUUUGGCAGAAAGAGCUCGGGAUUCUAAUACCAAAAGGCGUCACAUGGCAAUUAAGGGCUUAGGAAAUAUGGCUUGUGAAGCACCUGACAAGGUGAAAAAGUAUAAGAAGAUUUUGCUAGCCUCACUGGUCCAUGGAUUGUAUGACCCUGUGAGUUCUGAGAUCAUAUAUGAAAGUGUGAAGGCGCUUACCAUUAUCCUGGGCAAGAUCAAGGGGAAGGGUUUGGGCUCCUUCUUCAUAGAUAUCACCCUUCAGACCAGGACUUUAUUGGAUGAUGAAAAUGACAGCCUGAGAUAUUCAGCAUUCAUCUUAUUUGGGCAACUGGCUGCCUUUGCUGGGUGGAAAUGGAAGAAAUUUUUCACCAGCCAGGUUAAGAGGACAAGGGACUCUCUCUUGGUCCACUUAAGAGAUGGAAAUCCUCAUGUUGCCACGGCCUGCAGAACAGCUGUUCAUGCUUGUUCCCCUUUCCUAAGAUUAAAGAAGGAGUCCCUGGACUAUACUAUCCUAGCCCAGGAGGAGCAAAGGAAUCCGAAACUCUAUCGACAGCUGAGCUACUACCAUCCAGAGCUCCUGCAGUUCUUCUAUGCAAACAAAAUCCUAUGAACACAGAGCAUCAUAAAGGAAGGGUUUUAAUGAUCAGAUGUCCUGGAUUCUCAUCAUUUUAUUCAUCUGAAUUCAUAUCCCAUUUACCACUACAUAGUGAGGUGAAAAAACAAACCCAAUGUUUGUUGUGAUAGCAAUUGGUGGUAAUUAUUUCUACAAAUUACAGUAUGUAAAAAUUGAAUAAUUAAAUCAAACUUGGUACCUCUGAAGACUUUCAAAAAGACCUUUAUAAUGCAAAUCAUCUAGACUAGCUCAUCCAGUUUAUAUAAUAAAUCAUUUUGUCUUUAUACAUUUUUAUUGCAAAUGUUAUUUUUAGAGUGACAUGCAAAUAAAUAUUUAAAAAUUUUAAG